AUGGAAUCACAGACGGCGUCGUUGUCGACCCGCAAAGAACUCAACGCGAACGACUUCUUCAGCAACACCGACUUGCUGCUGAAAAUAUUUGAUUAUCUUUUGUGGGAUGACGAUGACGAGCUAAACUCGGACAACGCAAUAGCGUGCAAGCAUGCCCUAGCGCAGGCAGCAGUGACAUGCAAAACUUUUCUGGAACCCGCCCUAGAUCGCCUCUGGUGCACCCUCGAUACUCUCUUCCCACUGCUCAAACUCCUCCCAUCAUUCAUACAAUGUGAAGGAACAUACGUCCUUCGAGGACCAACCGACUGGUCCCGCUUCGACUUCUACGCCAAACGCGUCAAAAACUUCAGCUACAUCCGUGACCCAGACCACCUCGACAUAGCCCUGCACGUCUACUUCCGCAUAGCCCAACUCCGAACCUCACCAAUCCUCCUCCCCUCUCUCCAAUACAUCCGCUGUCCAUCCAUCAGCUCAAACGAUUUUCUCAUCUCUGGCAUAUGUCUCUCUCUCUCCCCGUCUUUGGUGGCAGUGGAGAUUGGGGAGAUUACAAGCGUGGAAGAUAAAUUAUGUGGGACUUUUUUGUAUACGCUUUUGAAUGAUGGUGCGGAGUUGGUGAAGAUUAUACUGAGGGGAGAGGGGCUGGGGAAGGAAUCGAUGGCGUUAAUACCUCGUUUCGAGAAGCUGAGGGUAUUGGAACUUGGAGGUAUGGGCGAAUCUCUGAGUUUGCCGUGGUUGGAACGCGUUGGGGCACUGUCGGCGCUUACAGACCUCGACUUGGAUUUCAUAGACUCACCAAUACCCCCCUUGGCGAAAACCGUAGGCUUCAGACACCUAAGGAGUCUAUCCAUCUCCGCAUCACUCCCAUUCAUCCAAUCGUUCGUUGUCAACAUAUCAACGGACCAACUAGACACCUUUGUCUGCCUAUCACCCCCUGAACCAGGGUUCGACAUGAAACUCUUGGUUGAGGACGUCGUUUCGCGCUGGCCUAGCUCCUUACGAUGUUUCGGGCUCAGACUAACACCGGAGGACACGGAGGCGGAAGAGUUACCUCUCGACACAUUAAAGCCUUUAUUCCCUUUACACAAUCUCCGCACGCUCAGUCUACGUGGAUACCUUAUGGAUAUCAGCGAUGACCUGAUAGAAGAGUGGGCGAAGACCUGGCCAAACUUGAACGACCUCCUCCUCCCGUUCCUCCCUCCCACUCGUGUGCGGCCGAGGAUGAAGUCUCUUCGAGUCCUCGCGGAACGUUGUCCCAAGCUUACGGAACUGCGGAUACCCCUGGAUUCGAGCGACAUACAGGCUGUACAACCCUUUUUGUCAUCGAGGAAACCAUUAUAUCCAGAACUUAAACAUGAACUAAAGACGCUCAUGAUCACAUCGGUAGUAGACGAUUGGGAUACGCGGGACGCCUUUCUGAUUGGACGGUAUUUGGAUGGUUUGUUCCCCGGCUUGAAGUGCGUGCGUUCAUAUGAAGGACAUGAGGACGAGCGGUGGGUGCAGGUGAAUGAGUUGGUGAGGUUUGCGCAGACGAUUAGGGCGGAGACGAUUGCUAGUUGUCGGGGGUAA